ACGCCACACUCGUAGAGUGGUGCAACUUCGUACGUGCCGCCUUGAGGAGAGUGCACACACAGAACAGCUACACGAAGCCAUCACUUUCUCGCACUUUCCCGCACUUUCUCGGCUGCCGAACAUGAAACAGCCGUGAUCCAUUUGCUGUUGCUGAACCAAAAUUUGUUUGGUUUUUCAGGAAUUUUCUCUCUCAACCCCCUCUGAUCAUAAAGUCGCUCUGUACAUUACAACCAUUUUAGGAGAGACUUAAACAACGGGGAUGUCAGACUUGGAAUUAGAAAGUGACCUCCUUGAGGCCGCAGGAAGAACUAUUUCAGCUGGGAAAAAGCGGGAACCACCUUCUAGAAAGCAACGUGGAGGUUCAUAUUCUGAUGAUGGAAGUGACUCCAGAGGUGAAGACUCAGAUGAUGAUUGUGGAAGCAGGAAGCCCUCUCAAGUACCUCUGAAGAAGAGGUUUGAACCUACAGAAAGGGGCAGUGACGAAGAACGUGAUUCUAGCUAUGAUGGUUCUGAUCAUGAGGGUGAAAAUAGUGAUGAAUCUGAUUUUGGCCCUGAUCUUUACAAGAAUGAUGCUGACAGGAAACGGCUUGCAGCAAUGAGUGAACUUGAAAGAGAAAUGAUUUUGACAAAUCGAGCAGAGAAGAAAGGCGGUAAGGAUUUCAUGGAGAAAUUGAGAUCAAAGAGAGGCAAUGCAAAGUCUACCCAAUCAAGGAAAGAGGACCCUCUUCCAUUUUCUCGCGGUGCACGCUCGUCAGCUCGGGCUGCUGACAAGUCAGCGGCUAUGGAUGAUGCAUUGAAUAAAUUGCGAGCAAAACGUAUGAAGCAACAAGACUCAAAGGAUCACCAUAAGUUAAGGGACACGUCAAAAGGAGGUGCAGGUAGCCAGGAUAUUUCACCAACCAAGCAUCGCUCCAUUCAAAUAGAGACUCUGGACGGGUUGCCUAAUGAAGAGGAAGCAUUGAAUGCGGAUGAUGAAUUCCUUGACAGCGAUGAGGAAAGUUCAGAGCUACUGACAUUUCGGGACAUAAAGGAUAUUACCAUUCCAAGGUCAAAACUUGCAAAAUGGGUUAUGGAACCAUUUUUUGAGGAGUUAAUCGUGGGCUGCUUUGUUAGGGUUGGAUUUGGCAUAUCAUCAGAAGGUCCUAUCUACAGGCUUUGCAUGGUUCAGAAUGUGGUUGCCACAAAUCCCGGCCGGGAGUACAAGUUAGAGGGUAAAGUCACACAUAAAUACUUGAAUUGUGUUUGGGGCAGUGAAAGUUCUGCUUCCAAAUGGCCGAUGGCUAAUGUCUCAGAUUCUCCUCCGCAAGAGAAGGAGUUUGAACAGUGGCUUAAGGAAGUCAAGCGUGCUGGCCAAAUGCCAAGCAAACAGGAGGUGGUAGAAAAGAAGGAUACCCUUCUGAAAUCGAAUACAUUUGUUUACUCAGCAGCCACUGUGAAGCAAAUGUUGCAGGACAAAAAAGCGUCAGCAAGACCAGUUAACGUUGCAGUUGAGAAGGAACGAUUGAGGAGGCAGUUGGAUGCUGCAGAGAGUAAAGGCAACGAUGAGGAAGUUGAGAGGAUCAAGACAAGGCUCCAGGAAUUAGAAGCAUCCAGGCAAACUCAGGGGACAGAUAGCAAGGCUUUUAGAUUAGCUGAAAUGAACAGGAAGAACAGGUUCGAGAAUUUUAUAAAUGCUUCGGGGUUGAAACCAAGAAAUAUGAAUCUGAAAGCGGGGGAGGCUGGUUAUGAUCCAUUCUCGAGAAGAUGGACUCGCUCGAGAAAUUACUAUGAUGCAAGGCCUGGAGGAGGCAAUGAAGCUGCUGAGGCAACAGAUGGAACUACCGGUACAGGCAGCAACGGGGAAAAGGCAAAUGUAACAGGAGAGCUUGGUAUGCAAGCAACAGAGGCAGCAUUGGAAGCAGCAGCCGGUGCAGGGAAGUUGGUUGAUACAAGUGCUCCUGUGGACAAAGGGACAGAAUCAUACAUGCUGCACAAUUUCGAGCUGCCAAUCUCGUUAGCUCCACUUCAGAAGUACGGUGGACCUCAGGGUGCUGGGAUGGCGUAUAUGGAGAGAAGACAAAGGAUCGAAGCAACAGUCGGGCGUCGAGUGCUGGAUGACGGGAGGAGGCAUGCUUCGGCCUUGACUAUUAAGGACUAUAUGAGACGACAGGAGAUGCACCACGCUCACCCUGAACCUGAUUCGUAAGCUCUGCUCGUUUAGACUGGGGGAAGUAGCUUCUGUGGGGUUAGACUUGUUAUUGUUCUGGACAAAAUUGUUGUAUAUAUCUUUUUAGGGCUAGUGGUAAUCUUAAUUAGUUCACUCUUCAUCCAUUGCUUAAUUACCCUAAUUAGAUUAUAUAGUCCUAUGAAAGAAUGAUAAUUAGAUUAUCAAAGAAUACCGUUUAUAGAUCCAAAUGUAUUUUAACGA